AUGGUCAUCUUUCAAAGAGCUUCAAUUGUUUCUAUUAUUACAAUUGCUGGGAAACUUCUAUCACAAACAGCACAAGCAAUUCCAACGCCUCAAGAUCAAAGACUAAGUGGGUAUGAUUAUGGACUAGACAUCGGAGCUCUUUUGAAACGGGAUGUUCCACACAUGCCCACUACUGGAGUGUCGUACACUGGCUCAAAUUCAUCAAUACCACUUCGUCAGGAGAUUCGGGAUCUAGAGAAGAACGCGGAUCUAUGGGAGCUAUAUAUCUUGGGAACCUCAAUGAUGCAAACUAUCAAUCAGUCCGAUAUUCGUUCAUGGUAUCAAAUAUCUGGCAUUCAUGGUAGACCUUAUCUUCCAUAUGAUGGAGUUCAAGCAACUGCGGGUGACGAGAAUAAUGGCUAUUGUACUCAUGUCUCCAUUCUCUUCCCUACUUGGCAUAGGCCUUAUUUGGCACUUUAUGAGCAAGUGCUUCACAGCAUCGUUCUGUUUAUUGCAGAACAAUUCCCCACUGAAGCCGAGCGAAAAAGGUAUACUGCUGCUGCAGUCAACUUCCGUGUUCCAUACUGGGACUGGGCCGCUGUACCACCCACGGGUCAGAGUGUUCUUCCCCCAAGUGUUUCGACGCCUAUAAUUACCGUGAAUGGCCCUGCCGGUGUUCAAACGAUCUCCAAUCCACUAUUUAGUUAUUACUUUAAUCCCCUUGACCCAUCGGAGUUGCCGGAUGCGCCUUAUUCUCAAACUUUGAGAUACCCCACAUCAGAGGCUGCCUCCGCUACUUCACAAAAUGCCCUCGUUGCUCAACAGCUUGAUAACAGUGCUGCUUCAUUUCGAAAUCGUUUGUAUAAUCUCUUCACAAACUACCAUGAUUACAGUACGUUCAGCAAUGAAGCUUGGAUAACUGCAUCCAGCCCUGGAGAUUUCGACUCUAUUGAAUCUCUCCAUGAUCAAAUUCAUGGUUUGACAGGAAGUGGUGGCCACAUGUCUUAUAUCGAUUACUCGGCCUUUGAUCCUAUUUUCUUUCUGCAUCAUGCUAUGGUCGAUCGCUGUUUUGCUAUUUGGCAAACCUUGAAUCCAGACAGUUAUGUAACGCCCAACGCAGCUUCAUAUAGCACUUUUACUAUGACGGCAGGAAGUAUCCAGGAUGCAUCUACACCACUGAAGCCAUUUUAUCAUGCUGGUGGAAACAACUUUUAUAGUUCUUCUGAUGUUGUAUCAACGGAAGCUUUUGGUUACGCAUACCCCGAAACGGUGCAAGGGGGCAAUACCACUGCUCAGGCUAUCAAAGCCAUAAACCGUCUAUACGGAACCACUGCCCCUGCAAAGGCUAUUUCUCACCGCUCGAUCCGAGAAAGUUCUUCAAGAAUAGUGGCACGAGAGCUUCAAGUCAAUUCCUCGUCUAAUCUUCCUGCCUUAGCUACAAAUGGUCAAUAUACAGAAUGGAUCGCCAACAUUCAAGCCAAGAAAUUUGCCCUUUCGAAGUCAUUCUUCGUUCACGUCUUCCUCGGACCGUUCAAAGAUGACCCUUCUAGUUGGUCUUUCGAGCCUAACCUGGUCGGCACUCACUGUGUUUUUGCCAAGCUUUCAUCCUCUGGCGCCGUUGCAGCUGAUCCCAACCAAUUGGUUACAGGAACGAUGCCACUCACUAGCGCCCUACUAGACGAUAUCUCACAAGGUCUUUUGAAAUCUUUAAACGAAGAGGAUGUAAAGCCCUAUCUUAAAAAGAACCUUCAUUAUCGCGUUACACUGCUAGAUGAUACUGAAAUCGAUAAUUCAGCUGUUCCAAGUUUAACGAUUACCGUAGUAAGCGCUACCGUCCAGCAAAGUACAGUUGACCAUGAACUACCGAAAUGGGGUCCAAUGAACAGUCAUAUAGAGUUAUCUACUGGAGCAAGUAACUCGACGAAGACUUGA